AAUCUGCAGAGCCUGGCGCGGGAACGCACGAGGUGAAAGGACUCGGCGAGCCGUGUGAGGAGAACGGCCGGGCAAAGGGCAGCCCCGGGCGGGUGGAAGCGGCCGGGACCCGGAGGACAGAAUGUGGAGGAGAUGGAGUCUCACUCUGUCACCCACGCUGGAGUUCAGUGCUUCAUGACACUUUCAUGGAAGUCUUCUUCCCUGACUCUGGAUAUCUGGACUCUCCAAUCUGAAUGAGUAGAGACAAGAAAAUGAGGCUCUCUCUCUCCUCAUCUCCCAGUUAAAGGAUGUGCUAUCUCACCAGAAGAGUAUGCACCAUUUGAGUUCAUGCUGUCUUCAUCACAAGAAGAAAAGAGGAGUCGACAGGAGAUAUCACUCACCUUUUUCCUGGGGAGACACUCUGAACAGGAAUGGUGAAGUAAUUUUCUUAUGGUCACAGUUCAUGCUACAACCUGAGGUUCAAUUACUUAAAAAUAUCUUGGGAAAUGACAAUAACUAACAGCUUCCUUGGGAAGAAUUCAGCACAUGCGUAGGUGUAAUGAUUAUUCAUUCAUCUGAGUCACGCCCUGCUUGAAGGAGUGUGCCUGUUGCCACAACUGUAACACAAAAUGCCAGCACCAGCGCGAGGAGCCAUGGCCGACCAACUCUUGUUUAAAAAGAGAAGAAUUUUUAUCCAUUCGGUGGGUGCAGGCACAAUAAACGCCUUGCUGGAUUGCCUAUUAGAAGACAGAGUUAUCAGCCAGGAAGAUAUGAACAAAGUGAGAGACGAAAACGACACCGUCAUGGAUAAAGCUCGAGUCUUGAUUGACCUCGUUAUUGGAAAAGGACCAGAGGCUUGCCGCAAAUUUAUCAGGCAUCUCUGUGAAGAAGACCCUCCGCUUGCCUCAAAGAUGGGUUUGCGCAAAGAGUGAAGAUGGAAACUCUCGUGAACUACUGCCACUUCCUGAAGCUUCCAGAAAAAACCCUAUUAUUGUGAGAUAAAAAAGCGAAAAAACACAAAUGUGGUUUUCACAAAGCCGGUCAAUGACAUUGGGUUGGAAUAAAUCUCUCAGUCACAUGACUUGCUUCUUGUUAUUUCUCUCCCCACACCAACAAAGGAAAAUUCCUCAAUAAUAAUAAUGAAGGUCAUGAUGGUGAUACUGUAGCUGAGAAAGUCCCUCCCUUUCCUUUUCUCUUUGUUCAGUUUCUUUGCAAUCCUGUAGAGACAGGUACAGCCCACUUUGGUGCUUUCAGCACUGGGAGUCUGCUGUGAUGGGAACGAAUGAAGGCCCCACUCAGAGGUUCAAAUAACAUUGCUUCUUCCCAACGUUCUCAUCUAGUUUUUCAGGCCGAGGUCUGUGAAAAUUACUCCACAUAAUAAGCAAAACUUCCUCUCUGGGAAAAUAAUAGAGAAAAAUCCAUGGACAAAUAAUCCGUUGCCAUAAAUCCGGCUUUCACAAAAAACGUUUUCAUGAAAGUACUGACAGCCUCGGUGCCACAUGGGCAGGGUGCGACAAGGUAGGACUUUAAUGUGGAGGAGUGGAGAUCUGUGGAGUCAAGAGAGCGUGAUGCCAUCGCUCUGCACCCUCCAGAGCAAAGCACCGGCUAUUACUCAUGCUUCCGCCAUCUUUUCCCUGUGUACAUGGUGUUAAGUAACGAAGCAUUAUCUUCUCGAUGCCUCGGGAGGUCUUCUAAUUUGUUAGCGCAUGCCAAUUACUAAAAUUUCUGGCGUAAGUGCUAGCAAA